UUUCAUCGGGCAGGCCUCCAAAUGGCUGAGCAGUACGUUCGACAGCCUUUACUGCUAUUAUUAGUCGUCACUUUCAUUGUACCCAAUGCCGACACAAUAAACAACGAGAGGAUGUCAGAGUAUAUCCGUACGACAGAACACUGGUCAUCUGUGGAAGACAAGGCCGAUGAUAGAGAAGAAAACGUGCAUUUCACAUCGGGGACGACCGUACAAGAAGAAGAAUCAAUGGCUUGCCGUUGCUGGAGUGCGCCUGCAGACGUUGGUUCAUUCAUAGAAACCGAAUGCAAGUGUCACGGACAGCACAUCUUGUCAGUUCCUUCCACACUACCUCCGGACCUUCACCGCCUGACGUUCUACGACAGCGGGCUGGAGGCUUUAAGAAGUGGUGAUCUUCAAAACUACGCUAACACGCUCACAGAUUUUGUUGUAGAUAAAGCUCACCAAUUCAUCAGCAUCGAAGAGGGCGUCUUCUACGGACUUAUUCGGCUCCAACGCAUAUAUAUUCGCCGCGCUCCGUUGCUAAUAAGCUUACCCGCUGGUCUAUUUCGCCUUUCGCUUCCGAGCCUACAUAUAUUAUUAAUAAAGCAAACGGGUCUUCGAUAUUUUCCCGAUUUAAGUGGAUUGGAGACAGUGAACAUUUUGCACACAGUGGAUUUGGAAGAAAAUCAACUGGAAACGAUACCCAGCAACAGCGUUCGUCUUCGCGUCGACGAUUUUUUAAUCAGCUUUAACGCUCUGCAAUCGAUCGAGGCAUUUGCUUUUAACGGUUCUCAAAUAGCCACUUUGAGAUUCAAAGGAAAUUGGCGACUGGCAGACGUAAAUUCGGAUGCCUUCGUCGGAUUGGCAAGCCUUCGCCGAUUAGAUCUUUCACAAACUGCUGUCACUAAUCUGCCCGUUCGAGGUCUAUCUGAAUUGGAGACUCUAGAAUUAGUUGAAACGAGAACGCUUAAGGAAAUACCAUCUGUCUACAAUUAUCAGUCCCUGCAGGUUGCUCACCUAACGUACCCUUAUCACUGCUGCGCUUUCGCUUUUCCAGCCACUCAUGAUCCUGAAGAACACGCCAGACAUCAGCAUUUUAUAGCUGAAAUGCAAGCUAAAUAUUGUGAUAAAACACUGGAUAACGAUAGCGCCUCGCUGCCAUUAGGCGACGACUAUGAGAAAUUCGGCAUUGAUGUCAAGAUGAUCAAUCUACCGGAUUACGAACACGAUGAGGCGAAUGAAGUCUUCCACGCUGAUCCGUUUCAAACACCGACAAAUCGUGAAUUAUUUUAUCACGCGUUCUGUGGCAACUUGACGUACGCGCAUCGCGAAGUGCGUUGCACUCCACAACCCGAUGCUUUUAAUCCUUGUGAAGAUAUCCUUGGUACCAAUUGGCUAAGGGUAGCAGCCUGGCUCGUUUCCGUGGCGUCCGUAGUUGGAAAUUUAGCAGUAGUGCUGGUACUCGUUCAGUCAACACGCGGCUCCAUGGCAGUCUCAAAGUUUCUAAUGGUCAACUUGGCCAUCGCCGAUCUGUGCAUGGGUUUCUACCUCUUCCUGAUCGUUGGCAUGGAUGUUAAUACAAUCGGAGUUUACUUCAACUACGCCAUAGACUGGCAAAACGGAAUCGGAUGCCAAAUUGCUGGAUUCUUGACCGUUUUUGCCACCGAAUUGUCAGUGUUCACACUUGUGGUCAUCACUAGUGAGCGAUGGUAUACCAUAACAUAUGCUAUCAAUUUGACUCGACGUUUGCGGUUAUCAACCACUGCUAAGAUUGUCGCAUUGGGCUGGAUCGGUUCGUUCGCAAUGGCUUCAUUACCUCUCGUAGGUGUUUCUAGUUAUUCAACAACCAGUAUUUGCUUGCCGCUAGAGAAUCACAAAUUGUCGGAUACCAUAUACCUCCUUGUUUUGCUGAUUUUGAACGGGAUAGCCUUCAUGUUUAUUUGUUUAUGCUACAGCCACAUGUACAGAUCGAUACGCGGGAAUCAACAGUCGUUAGCUUCACAUUCGGAUACGACCGUAGCCAAGAAAAUGGCUUUGUUGGUUUUCACAAAUUUUGCCUGUUGGACUCCGAUUGCCUUUUUUGGAUUAACAGCCGUCGCUGGCUACCCUCUAAUCAGCGUUACCCACUCCAAAAUUUUGCUUGUUUUCUUUUACCCGCUCAACGCGUGCACCAAUCCAUACCUGUAUGCUUUAGUUACGCAACAGUAUCGACGAGAUCUGUUCCUCCUGCUCAGCCGCUAUGGUUUCUGUACUGAACGGGCAUCACGUUAUCGGGCUACGUUUUCAUUCGGCCGCAGUAAUAACAAUCCAAUCAGAGCCGGAUCCCAGCUCGAGUCCGUCAUGCAAGGUGGCCAGCUUGGUUCACCUCUGUCUGCUACCGGUCAACAAGACAAUCCCAACGCUAUUCGAAAGAAAUCUGUUGUCAGCAAUGGUUCUGGGAAACGGAAAAUGACACCACCGUUGUGUAAAAUUAAAAAAAGUGAACACGAAAAUCGACAGGACACGGAAAUGCUUCCGCUAUCCAUUCCAAGUGUUAUCCGCCAUCAGCAAAUUUACGAGGUUACUAAAGAGGAUGUCUUGUUGAAGCCUACUAAUCAAUUAAGCCUCGUGCUUGAGGCUGUUGAUGACGUUAUCUAUCAGACCUGUAAUGAAGACAUUCCGGUUAGCAAAUAUCAGGACAACGUUCGUCAAAGUUCUAUAAAAAUUCGAUCGACGACCGGAGGCGGAUCAGUCGACUCUCCUCAUCCGAUAAAGCACUGCCAACUCCACUGCAAUAAGGGUCUUGAGAAGGUAAUAAAGGAAUAAGGGCUUUCAAGUACUUUUUUAGUUCAAAGCUCUGUUGGCAUUACUUGUGAAAAGUUAUGUGUAAAAAUCACUUCACCAAACACAAGCUCUUGAAUUUUCGCAGUCAAACUUUCUUGAUCGUGAACCAAAGUUUACAUAUAUGUCUAUAGCGUACCCCACGAUGUCAAAAGUCUUACAAUGCAAAGCAAAUGCCGAUCGCUAUUUUGGGCUUGUUGUUAAUGAAAAUGUGACUGGCGAAACGAGCAUUCAUUUUGUUACGUUCCAUAGUUGAAUGAGAGCUAUUUAUAGUGAUGCUUUUUUAAAGGAGCCUGCUUUAUGUCCUUCCAAGAA